GACACUUUUUGAAGAAGUAACUCUGGAAUUCUGUAUAUAAAGGGAAGACAUGGAACUCAUUCUCAACAAACUCAUCUUCAGAAUUUCUUCCUGACUAGUCCUCCGAGAGUAUCGCCAGCAAAAAGGAUGUAUUUCUUUCAAGUCGCUGUCCUGGUCAUUGCUGCCACCAGUUAUGCCUUAGCCGUUGGUGGUUACAGUGGUGGUUCAAGUAGCAGCAACUACGGCAGUGGUGGUGCAGGCGCUGGCUACAGCAGUGGUGGUGCAGGCGCUGGCUACAGCAGUGGUGGUGGAAGCUUUGGAGGUGCUUCAGGAGGAGCUAGCAACUAUGCCGGAGGAGCUUCUUCAUAUGGAGGAUCAUCUAGUUUUGGUGGCUCUUCCUCUGGAUUCGAUCAAGGAGGUGCACCAAAACCAUACAACUUUGAUUACAAUGCACAAGAUGAAGAAGGCAAUGUGCAUUAUCGUAAUGAAGAAGGAGAUGCCAGUGGCACAGUGAGAGGUAGCUACGGAUACACGGACAAUCAAGGCCUCUUUAGGGUGGUUGAGUACGUCGCUGAUGCCAACGGAUUCCGUGCCAACAUCAGGACCAAUGAACCAGGAACCGACGGUAAAGAGAGUCCUGCUGAUGUCCAAAUGACUGUAGAUCAACCACCCGCAGGUCUUCAAGACAGAUUCUCCAGUGGUGGUGCACGAUCAGGAUUUAGUGGAGCUGGCAGUUACGGAGCUGGAGCAGGAGGAAGAAAUGCUGCAGCUAGCGGUGGAGCUGGUGUUGGAAGCUACAGUGCCGGAUCUGGAGCAGAAAACUAUGGUUCUGGAGCUAGUGCAGGGAGCACUGGGGGUGCUGGAAUAGGUGCAGGAGCAAAUACAGGAUUCAGAGGUGGUGCACAAGGUGGAUUUUCAGGAAGAGCUACCUCAGGAGCAGUUGGUGGAUACUCAGGUCGUGGUGGUGCAGGAGUAAGAUCUGGCAAAAGUGGAUACUAAUUCCAAUCGACUCGGAACGAAUUGUAUUAGAAUCCAAAGUGCCAAAUGAAAUUGGAAUCGAAAAAUGCAAGUGCUUAAUGUAGGUUGAAAAGCUAUUUAUUAUGAGUAAAAUUAGAUUUUAUUAAGAAAUAGUGCCAGUAAUAUCACGUUUAAUUUUACGUAUAUAAUGAAUUGCUAUUUCAACCUGCCUCUCAUGUUGAUUCAAGAACUCAAUUUUUUGGGUUGGGUCUUCUUCCAUCUAUGUUUAAAAAAAACAAUCAGUCUUUUUCCCUAAAAUUCGUAAUUGUUAUUGUUAAGUUUAACUUUGUGAGCUAAAGAAUGGGUUGAGGCAACGACGAAUCUUAUUUCUUGAAAGUUCUUAAUUUUUAUUGUUAACUUUCAUGAAAUUGAGACUGGGUUGAGACAACAACCCGACUUUUUUUCACUUAAAGUUCUUAAUUUUUAUUGUUAACUUUCAUGAAGUUAAGACUGGGUUGAGACAACAACCCGACUUUUCUUCACUGAAAGUUCUAAUUUUUAUUGUUUAUUGUCAGCUUAAGAGUGAAACUUCAGAGAAAUCAAGAUUGGCUUAAGAUAACAAUCCAUCUGGUUUCCUGAAGGUUCAUAAUAUUAUUUUUCGUUUGUUGUUAACUUUGACUUCUUGGAAACAAAGACUGGGUUAGAUGGAAGGAAGAUAACGCUUAUUAUACAAUGUGAUACAACUGUGUAUAUACCUCUUUCCUCUGCGUUCUCAUCUGUUCAAAAUGGUAGAUGUGUCUUAUUUAAUUUUCACUACUGCAUCAGAUUCUAUCGUGUUUCAGCAUAAAUGUGAGCUUUUCUGCUCCAACACAUUUGGUUGGAGUACUCUGUUGAAUGUUUUUUAAUAAAAUAUGCUUUAUUUA